UGGGUUUAAUUUAAAAUUUGUUAUUAUUUGUUGCAGAUGCAAAAGAUUAAAUAAUUUAGGACUUAUUCCCAUGGUGUUAUCCAAAGCUUCUCAGAAGACGUUUGCAAUUAAGGCACGGAAUUGGUCGGAAUCCGCUCAUCGGUUUCUUAAGCGGUGUUCCGACGCCGGAAAUGUUGAUGCCAGUUAUACCCUUGGCAUGAUUCGUUUCUACUGUUUGCAAAACAGAGGAAGUGGAGCUUCGCUGAUGGCUAAAGCGGCGAUUUGUUCCCACGCGCCGGCGCUUUACUCACUCGCUGUCAUUCAGUUCAACGGCAGCGGCGGUUCCAAAAGCGAUAAGGAUCUCCGUGCUGGAGUUGCUUUGUGCGCACGUGCUGCUUUUCUCGGUCACAUCGACGCGCUUAGAGAACUCGGGCAUUGUCUUCAAGACGGUUACGGCGUUCGUCAGAAUAUAACAGAGGGGCGUCGGUUUCUUGUCCAGGCCAACGCGCGUGAACUCGCCGCCGUGCUCUCGUCGGAGGCGGGUUCUUCGGUGAUUGCAUCGCGGUGUUGUCUUACGUGGAACCCUCACGUUCCACACCGGCACGUGACGGGCUCGGGAUGUCCGUUGUUAAGCGAUUUCGGUUGUAAUAUCCCGGCGCCGGAAGCUCAUCCGGUGAGUCGGUUUAUGGCGGAGUGGUUUGGGGCACGUGGGGAGUCGCCGGGGGUUGGGCUGAGGAUGUGUUCGCACGUGGGGUGUGGACGGCCGGAAACGAGACAGCAUGAGUUCCGUCGAUGUUCUGUUUGUGGCUCUGUUAAUUACUGCUCACGUGCGUGUCAGGCGCUGGAUUGGAAACUCCGCCAUAAGAUGGAUUGUGCGCCGGUUGAACGUUGGGUUGAUGAUAACGGCGACGGUGGGGCCGAUGAUAUCAUGGCCGAAAGUUGAAAAAAAAAAAAAAAA